AAAAAGUCUUUCAAGUGGAUUCUAAUUCAGUCAACGCCAUCUUAUCCUGGCUCAAAAAUUUUUAUUUAUUUCCUUAAUUUAGUUUGUUAAAAAAUAAUUUUACUUUGUGACUUUUGUCAAUAAUUAUUUAAUAUAAAAUCAUGGAAGAUUUAAAUAAUUUGCUACAGUUGACUGAAACGUAUCCCAUGCAGUUGGAACAAAUGACAGAGGAAUUUCUGUUGAAACUGCGUGUGAUUUUGUGGGGUCAGGCAGCUGUAACAACAGCCAAUAAGGAAAAAUUAAAAGAUUUACCAGUGGCGUCACCACAACAGACAAAAAAGCGUAUCAAACGUCUGACUUCAUUAUGUGAAGAUAAUGAAACAGAAGAAAAAAUACAAGAACAGGCCCCAGCUCAUACAAAUGAUAAAAAGUCGCUUUCACGAAAAAGUAAGCGAUCUAAUGCAGAACUAUUAGCGUCAGCAGAGGCAAUAGAAAAUUCCAACAAAGAGAAUGAAGUUGAAGCGCCUGUACCGGCUCCAAGAAAACUAGAUGCAACAAUAACAACAAAUGUUGAAGACAAAGAAAAUGUAGCUGCUAAUGAAAACAUAAAUUCAAAUGCUACUGAUCUUAUGCCACCACCUCCUGCCCCUACCGCCUCCUCUGCCGAUGAUACGCUCAAUCGGCGUCCACAACGGGCAGCAAAACUUAAAUCUGAAAAGAACCUUAAGGAGCCAAAUUUGCAUAAAAAAUUACGUCGUCCCACUAUCGACGAAGUUAAAAUCAAAUUAGAACAUGAACAACGAGCUUCACAAAUGCAUGAAGCCACCAUUAAUACAACAGCAACUGUACAACAUACAUCAUCAGCAGUUUCGGGUAAUGAGACAAUUGUUAAGGAUUCAUUAUCUAGCCAAAAAUCCGACGAUUCGGUCGUCGUUUUGCCUGGAAAACAACCCUCAAUUGUUUCAGUAAAUUCUGAUAUUGAAGAUGUACCAUCGAUUGCAAAUGUCAAUGAUAAUACAAAGGAAAAAAAAAAAAGUACUGAAUCAACGGAAAGUGAAAUUCGUGAAAUACGCAUUAAAAUUAAACGUGAAAAAGUCAGUUUGUGUAAUCAAGAAGAAUUACCACCAACAGAGUCUCCUUCAGAUGAAUCUGUUUUUAAAGCACCAAAUGCCUUGCCAUUGCCCAUGGCUUUAUCUAAAAAUGAAACAACAACGACUAUGGAAGAGACUUCAAUGGCCAGCAGUAUAUUAUCGUCAACUACAAAUACCACAACUGCUGCACCAGCCAAGAAAGGACGCAAGAAAAAGGAUGUCGUUCACAAACCCAUUAAAGUUGAACGUUUUAGUGAUCUUGAUCCUAAACCUUCGCCAAUCGCUUCGCGAACUCGUCAAGGUAGUUUGGGUAGAAGUGAAAAUAUGGAAACUUCACCAACUAAAGAAUCGAAACGUCCUGCAUCUAUAUAUGAGGACGCAGUUGAGACUCCACCUUCUCGUAAUUCAAAGGAAACUAAUAAUGCUACUAUAACUGUUACUGGUGGUAUUGUCAAUGAAACAGUUAAUCUUGGUCCGGCCAAUGAUGCUACUAUGAAUUUGGGUCCCAUACCGGGUGAUGCAACAUUUUGUACUAAUCCAGCUCAAACAACAUUUCAAGUGGCACCCGGUCAAACGACAUUUGUUAUGGAUUCAAAUCCAAACUCUACAGUUACAUUAAAUAAACUUUCGGGAGCUGGUGCUCCAGGGGAUGUCACCUUUGAUGUUAACCAAGUGACAAAAUCGACUAAAGAUGAUGAUGCGAUUGGCCAGCGUUCAUUUGAAACUGCUAAAGAUUCCUCUAUACCUAACGAUGACGAUAGUCUUUUGACGGAAGAAGAUGAACAGGAAAAACCAAUUUUACAACCAAAACCAAAAGUGUCAACAGCAUCAGCUAAAUCUAAAUCGAAAGGAGCAGCGAAAACUUCGACUUCAGCUAAAGCUGCUGGUUAUAAAAUGCCAACACGUACAAAUGAAUUAUUCAAUCCUUUGGCUCAAAGUCCCGUGAAAAUGCGUGUGGAAGCAUUUGAAAAUGCCGCAGCUGCAGCAACUGAACAAUCGAAACGACCAUUGCGUACUAAAAAGGAAAAUGUUACACCAACGUCUGCUACAACGCCAGUUAUUGGUAAAUUACCAGCACCAGCAUUGGGUCGUUUUCUUACCCCUACACAAUCUUCAAAUAUUGCUACUGUUAAUAGUGCUAUCGCUAAGAAAGGCCCUACAAGUGCUUCGAAAGCAUUGCCAAUGCCUAAAUCUGCCAGCGCCUCAAGUUUGCAACGCAGUAAUUCAGCAGCUUCAACAAAAACACUACAACGUGAAAAUAGUGCCGAUGAUUUCCGUAAAGGCCUGCACAAUCUUGCAGAAGAACGUAAAAAACAACGUGAGCAGAAACAUUUGUUAGCCGCUCAACAAAGGGAGGCCAAGGAGCGUGAGCGUGCUGAACGCAUGGCAAAAUUAGCCAAGGAGCGUGAGGAGAAGCGUCAAUUGAAGAAGCAACAAGAACAGGAACAGAAGAAACGUGAAUUGGAAGAAAUACAACGAAAGUUGCGUCAACAGCAGGAAGAAGAAGCUGCCAAAUUGAAGGCGGCCAAAGAACGUGAAAUGCUUAUGCAAAUGAAACAACAGCAACUGUUGGCCAAGCAGAGAAUGAUGCCUCCGCCACCAAAAACAUCCUCAAAAUAUACAUUUGAAAUGUUGCACGAAGAUGAUUCAACAGAUGAUGAAGAUAAAGUAUCAUACAAACGACCACCACCACCAACUUGGAGUAGAAGUCAUGUACGUGGUCCAUUUAUGUUAAAACAGGAGUAUAUACCAUCGGCGAUUAUUGACAGUUUCUUCUCUGUGCAACCAAUGACUCCUGAUUUAAAAAUAAUUUUCCCCAACAUAGAUGCUCGUCACUUGAAACGAAACUCGAGUGCUGUGUGGUCUACACCACCACGUUACUCAGAACUGCCCAAAUACUGAGUCAUACUUUCGUACUGAUGCGUUUUAUUUUCUUUUCGUUUAUCUUUGUUUUAAGUUCAUUCUUAUUUUGUUUGCGGAGAUCAGCCUUGAUCAUCGUUAUAAAAUGUUUAAACAAAUUUAUGUUUUUUAUUUGGAAUUAGGACUUGUCGAUUUGUGUUGGAGAAAUCAGUAGAGAUCAAUUAAUGCCUCUGGAAGUUAAAGGAUUUUGUGUGAAAUACUAAGAGAUGUCACUAUCAAAUUUAUUUAUAGUUCAUCAUUUAUUCAUCAAUAUAAAUACAUACAUUCGUAUGCAGGAAUAAACAGCAUAAUUCAUUUAAUUGUGUAGUACUUGUUGUACAUUGUUUAUGAAUUUGUAAAUCAUUUUCUGUUUAAUAAAAAAUAUUUCAAGUAUUAAAUAAAUGUUA